CCUACAUUCUGUGAGUUUCUAUUUGUAAACUCAACCUCGUUCUUUUGCCAACCCACCACACACUACGUACACCAUGGCUGCUGGCUCGGGCUUCAUCCCGCCUGAGCGUCCCACGUCGCGGAAUCAGUUCCGCGUAGCUAUUCUAUGUGCCUUGACGAUUGAGGCUGAUGCUGUGGAAGCAUUAUUUGACCACAUCUGGGACGACCUUGAAGAAAACCAACGACCCCUCGGCAAAGUAGCUGGCGAUCCAAACAGCUACACACUUGGCGUCAUUGGCCGUCACAAUGUCGUCCUAGCUCAUAUGCCUAGCAUGGGCGUUGCAAGUGCCGCGUCUGUAGCAAGCUCCUGUAAGAUGAGCUUUCCACAAAUCAAGCUGGGGGCCGUCGUUGGAGUCUGCGGCGUGGUGCCUGGAAGCGAUUCACGCAACCGCGAGAGGGUUCUGGGCGAUGUGAUUAUCAGUACUGGCGUUAUUCAUUACGAUGCUGGACGAAUCACCGAUGAUGGCUUCAAGCGCCGCACAAAUAUGCAGGAUAAUCUUGGAAGACUGCCGGCAGACAUGCGCUCGCUGCUGCACAAGCUCGAGGGCCUCCGAAGCCGCAGAGAGCUUGAAGCGCAGAUGCUCGGCUACUUGAAGACGCUGCAGGAUAUUGACGAACUAGAGGCCAGCUACCCUGGCAAGGCUCACGAUGUGCUCUUUGCGCCAGAAUACAAGCACGGGCAAGACCAGGCGGCGAGCCAGGACAAACAGUGCCAUGAGCUUGGCUGCAACGGUACGGUCGUAGUGCGCCAACGCCUGCUUGCCGAAAAGGAGGACCCGAUACCCUCUGUUCACUUUGGAAUUAUUGCAUCUGGCAGCAGUGUCAUGAAGACGGCCGGCGUGCGCGAUGAGACGGCAAAGAGGGAUUCGGUGAUUGCAUUUGAAAUGGAGGGAGCUGGCGCGUGGGACAGUUUUCCCUGCGUGGUGAUUAAAGGAUUCUGUGACUAUGCUGAUAGUCAUAAGAACAAGAGAUGGCAGCUCUAUGCAGCAGCAGUGGCAGCUUCGUGCGCAAAGGCUUUUCUUUGGUCGUGGACGCCGUCGGACACUGAAGAGGAAUAUUUCAACGCUAGAGUUGCGGAUCAAAGAUAUUUGAAAUUGGUUGUUAGACACCUCUCUGCUCAAGCGUCUGAUGAUAAAAUCAGAACUAAAAGCAGAAUGUAUACCGACUGGCUAUGGAAUCACGAUGUCUUUCAAGAAUGGAAUAAAUCCGAUGGCAUUCGGCACAAUGCAUCGGAUACAUGGCUUACAGUAAAAGACAAGGCGUUUACUGGAAAGUCAGUAUUGAUGAAGGAAGUGAUUAUUUCCAAGCUAAAGGACGCACACACCAUCACGCUAUAUCAUUUCUUCCACGGAGGCAACACAUCAGGACGAUCCGAGAUUAAAUUCCUGCGAAAUAUUCUCAGCCAGCUCCUCCGCCAGGUUCAAGUAAAGCCUUGGCCGGAGAUUCGAGAAUGGGGCGACAUGCUGGAAAGCAACGAAGAUGUUGGGCUUGCUUCGGUGGACAUGCUGAUGGAGCUGAUCAAAGGCAUCAUUUCCGACAACAAAGAGUCAAUUGUUUCAGAGAAGGAUAUCCGCAUCUUCGUCGACGGCGUGGACGAGUGCUCCGACGCGCAAGACCACGCAACCGAUGACGAUGGUGGCCCGUUGAGAGUGCUGCAGUUUCUGCAGAGCUUUGUAGAACACUCAGCAUCCGCUGGCAUUGACGCAAGAGUAUGUAUCUCUAGAAGACCGUUUCCCGAGUUUAGCGUCCAAGAGCCGCCGACAAAGACGAUAUCGCUGGAAGACUACACUAGCGUGGAAGUCAGCAAGUAUGUGCAUGCCCGGCUGGCGGCGAUUGAAAAUAACUACGAGCGGAUUAAAAUCCUUGGGCGCCUGCAAGACAAUUGGUCCGACGACUUCCACUGGGCCACCUUUGUGACGUCGGAGAUACUCAAGAACCAAAAUAACAUGGAACACGCGGAGAGAAUAGCUGCCGAGGUGCCGUCUGACCACGAAUCGCUCUAUGCAAAGGCCAUAUAUCCUCUAAAGGCAUCUCCACAUAAGAACGAGGCUCUUUUAAAGCUCUUGCAGCUCAAUCUUGCAGCAUGGCGGCCGCUUACUGUCGACGAGCUUCACCAGGCUCUUGCAUACUCGACAACCAAGCUUGAUUUUGACGUCAUGUCUGAAUGGGAGGACUCGACAGCCGGGUUACCUGCCGGAGUUGGCUUUGAAAAGUACGUCCAGCGCGAGUCGCAUGGGUUUCUGGAGAUUACCGAAGGCGAUCCAUCGCCACUGACUCUGACCCGAAGCGACAGCCUUGAAACUCAUCUAGAUGGCUGUUCUAGAGUUGGCUUUGCGCAUCAUUCCGUGGAAAAGUUCCUGCGCAGCGAUGCUGGUCUCGCCAGGCCGCACGACAAGCAGUACUGCCUGGAAAGCGAGUGCCACCAGCUGCUGCUGACGAUAUGCCUACGAAUCCUGAACCGCUGCACUAUGGAAGACGAUGUUGAUGCAGGCAAAGGCAUCCAGCUUCGCGACUAUGCGUGCGAGUUCUGGCUUCGCCACGCGCAAAGGUGCCGCAAACUACCCGCGGAUCUGGAGAUACCGCAGUUCCUUGUGAAAAACUGCAGACGAGCAAAGACAAAGCGUCUUUUGAAAGAGCAAGUGCGGUUCCUUAGCCGCUCUGGAGCGCUCGAGUCCCUGCUAUUCGAGUGGGAAGACGAGGAGGAGGAGGACGACGAUAACGACAACGAGCCCAUUAUGAUGGCGGUUCUCCUGGCCACCAUGGGCUGCACGGAGCUGCUACAGCGGCACCUGGCAGGAUGUAAGCCGUGCAAGAAGAUGCUGAAUCCUGUAUCCAAAGACCAGGAGCCGUCGCAGCAAAACAUAAAAUCGAUGGAACAUUACAGGGCCGCUCUGCAGAAUGCCAUUAUGGGCUCAUGGACCGAGACGGCGCUGUUUCUGCUCGAACAUUAUCCACUAGGCGACAUCAACACGCUGUUUGAUGAUCGAACCCUUCUCUACCACGCGUCUUACUUUGCCUGUGAGACAGAUGAUCCAGCAGAGUCGGCUAGCCGGAUGAAGUGCGUCUCGUUUCUUCUUGCGCGCGGCGCUGAUGCCGCCGUGCAGUCGCCCUUUUGGUGGGAGUACCCGCUGCACAUUGCCAUACGUAAUGACAGCAAGAGUCUGAUGAAGAUACUGCUGCAGGGCGCAACACCUGCGCAGGCAGAGGCCAUGUUUAAAGCGCGGCGCACGAUAGGGGGACGUACGGCUCUGCACUUUGCCAUUGCCUGCGACGAUAACUCGGCGCGGCUUGAGACUCUGGAGGCCUUGCUUGAAUUUGCGCCGAGAAAUGUCGGUUUGCUGGAUAUUAGGGAUGACGAUGGACACACGGUCAUGGAGUUGGCGAGGGAUGCAGGGGAAGAUGCAAAGCAACUGUUGGAGCACUUGGAAGAUUUCCGAUUGGAUGAGGAGGAGGAGGAUGACUAGUUAUUCUUAUAAAUGAGCAUCUUUUAA